GCUUUUUUAUUUUAAAUAAAGGCUUCUCCUCCACAACACUCGAGAAUCUUUAUUCUCUCUUAUACACUUUCUUACUUGUCAAGAAUGCGGCAGUGUCUGUGUCUGCACACAAAGCAAAAGUAGAGAGAUUUGUCUGUAAAAUCUCCAAAACAGUGUUUUUUCCCUUAAAAACGAGUCUCCCGGCGAUCUGGAGAUUGAGAUAGUGAUUUACGAUGAGCGGUAUUUCAAACAGACCUUUGUCUCUCUCUUCUUCCUCUACUACUCCUUGUAACAGUAGCUCCUCUGUUCCUCCUAGAUUCUCCACCUGCCUUUUCUCUGAUGUUGCGGGAGACAUCACCGUUGUUGUCGAUGGAGAGUCUUUUCUACUCCAUAAGUUUCCACUAGUAGCUCGGUGUGGGAAGAUGAGGAAAAUGGUGAGAGAUUCCAAAGACUCUUCUUCUUCUUCUUCUUCUUCCAGUAUCUUCUCUACGAUCGAGCUCAGAGAUUUCCCUGGUGGACCUCUGACAUUCGAACUCGCCAUGAAAUUCUGCUACGGCAUCAACUUCGAGAUCACCGUCUCCAAUGUGGUCAAUCUCCGCUGCGCUGCAGGUUAUUUAGAGAUGACUGAAGACUAUAUUGAAGAGAAUCUGAUCGCUCGAACCGAGAAUUACCUCGACCAGGUCGCUUUUCGCAGUCUCAGCAAAUCCGUCCACGUGCUCUGCUCCUGCGAGACGCAAGAAUUGGCUGAAACGUUCAAGAUUACUGACCGGUGCGUGGAGGCCAUAGCCAUGAAUGCUUGCAGGGAUCAGUUAGUAGCGGGUUUAUCAGAGGAGCUCAAAGGGAGAAACUGCCUUGAGUUUUGGAUCCAAGAACUCUCUGCUCUCGGGAUUGUUUACUACACCCGAGUGGUCUCUGCGAUGGCGAGAACAGGCGUGCGACCAGAGAGUAUCGUCGCUUCUCUGAUGCAUUACGCUCAGGAAUCAUUAAAGGGUACCAUCAAUCGGAACUGCCAAGAGCAGAGGGAAAUCAUUGAAGCCAUUGUUACCCUUUUGCCGAGUGACAAGAAGGGAUCUUAUUCUUUAUCAGCUACUCCUCUCAGUUUCCUCUUUGGGAUGUUAAAACUCGGAAUUACAAUAGAUAUAGAUAUCUCUUGCAGGCUCGAGCUCGAACGCAGAAUCGGUCAGCAGUUAGAGACCGUAUCUCUCGAUGAGUUGCUUAUACUUUCUGCACAAAACGAAGAUUCUCUGUACGAUGUGGAUACUGUCCAUAGGAUACUUACAUGUUUUCUUGAGAGGAUUGAGGAAGAAGAUGAGGACAGUGGCUACGAUUCAGAUUCCACGGGUCACCACGGUUCGUUGCUGAAAGUGGGACGGAUCAUGGAUGCGUAUUUGGCUGAGAUCGCACCGGAUCCAUACCUGAGUCUACACAAAUUCACAGCUAUUAUAGAGAGAUUACCUGACUACGCACGGAUCAUAGACGAUGGGAUCUACAGAGCCAUUGAUAUGUAUCUCAAGGCUCAUCCGUCAUUAACAGAGGAAGAGUGCAAGAAACUAUGCAAAUUCAUAGACUGCAGCAAACUUUCACAAGAAGCGAGCAACCACGUGGCACAAAACGAUCGACUUCCGGUACAAAUGGUUGUUCGAGUGCUGUAUUCGGAACAGAGGAGACUAAAGAAGGCUCUGUCGGGAGAUUCAGAGGAAGGGCUGUUGGAUUUGUCGUCUGGAUUACAAAGCGGAGCGGUUUCGCCUCGAAGAGAUACCUAUGCAUCGUUGAGGAGAGAGAACAGAGAGCUGAAGCUGGAGAUAGCGAGGAUGAGAGUGAGAGUGAGUGAGGUAGAGAAAGAGCAAGUUUUGAUGAAACAGGGGAUGAUGAUGGAUAAGUCUGGUAAUAACGGUGGAACACUCUUCACGUCUCUGUCCAAAGGGAUCGGAAAGAUUGCGAUUUUCGGUGGUGAAAACCGACGGAAGGUUAACCGGAAAUCGAGGUCGGUGUCGGACAGUCGGAGAAAAAAACAAGUAGAAGGGCGUAGAUGAUGGAUGGAUGAAUAAGGUGACGACAACUCGUAAAUAGUGAAACGUCAACGUUCUAUCUAAACAGACAAGUCACAUGUAGAGGGUGGUAUAAUGGGCUGGAAGUAGGCCCAUUAUAGAAUAAAGGAGGAAUCGUUUUCAGCCUAUAAAAGAACAAGGAAAACAUGGGUAUAAUUGGGAUUUGGGUCCAACCCGUCUUUAUCCACAUUGUAUAAAUGUUUUUUUUUUGGUUUGGGAUUAAAAAUAAAAAGCUUUCUU